AUGCAAUCGAGAUUUGAUACUUUUCAAUAUGAAGAUGAUUUACCAACAUUACCUGUACCUUCAUUAGUUUCAACAGUUCAACAAUUACUUGCAUCUUUAAAACCAUUAACAACACUGGAAGAAUAUGAACAAUUACUUGAUGAAGCUAAUUCAUUUUUACAAAAUGAAACUAUUCAAUUAAUUCAAAAACAUUUAGAACAUAUUUCAAAAAAGAAUAAAAAUAAUAAUUAUUUAAAUAUUGUUAAUAAUAAUAUGACUCCUGCUAUUUAUGGUGAAUUAAAAGCUGAUAUUUUACCAAAAAAUCCUUAUCUUAUAUUAGAAGAAGAUCCUUAUUCAAAAACUAUAAAUCCACCAAAUCAAUCUGAAAGAUCAGCUAAUUUAGUAAAUUCAACUUUAAAAUUUAUUGUUACUUUAAGAAAUAAAACUUUAAAACCAGAUUUAACUCCUAAAAAUCAAGUUCCAUUAACAAUGACUUGUUAUAAUAAUUUAUUUGGUACUACAAGAGCUCCAGAUGUUGAAGGUGGUACUUUUGAUAUAAGUAUGAAAAAAUAUAAAAAUAUAAAUGAUUCAAGACAUAUUAUUAUAAUUGCUAAUAAUCAAUUUUAUUCUUUAGAAGUAUUAAGUGAAGAUAAAGGUGAUUCUAAUUCAAAACAUGAAAUUUUAUUUCAUGAUCAUGAAUUAGCUGCAAUUUUUCAAAAAAUUAUUGAUGAUUCAGAUGUUGUUGAUCCUGUUGAAUCUAUAAAUAAUUGUAUUGGUUCAAUUACAACUCAAUCUUUAAAACAUUGGAAAUUAGGUAGAGAAGAAUUAGAAAAAUCAAAUCCUCAUCAAUUAAAAUUAAUUGAUGAUGCAUUAUUUGUUUUAAUUUUAGAUUCAAAUUCACCAAAAACUGAUCAAGAAAAAACAAGUAUUGUAUCUCAUGGUACUUCUGUUUUAUCAAAACAUAAUGUUCAAAUUGGUACAUGUACAUCAAGAUGGUAUGAUAAAUUACAAUUAAUAGUUACUAGAAAUUCUGUUGCAGGUGUUGUAUGGGAAUCUAUAACAAUGGAUAGUACAGCUAUAUUAAGAUUUAUUAGUGAUAUUUAUACUGAUUCUGUUUUAAAAUUAGCUAAAAAUAUUAAUGGAUCUGAAUAUACUUUAUUUGAUGAUAAUGUAACUUAUUCAACAUCAAAUGAAAAUAAACCUGAACCUUAUUUAAUUCCUUUCAAUAUGACAAAUGAAUUACAACAUAUUAUUCAUUUAGCAGAAACUAAAUUAGCUGAUUUAUUAAAUCAACAUGAAUAUAAAACUCAUACAAUUAAAUUAGAUUCAAGAUUAGCAGGUAAAUUUGGUUUAUCAAUAGAUUCAAUUUUACAAAUUUGUUUUCAAGUUGCUAAUUAUUCAUUAUAUGGUAGAAUGGUAAAUACAUUAGAACCUAUAAUGACUAGAAAAUUUAAAGAAGCAAGAACUGAAUUAAUACCUGUUCAAAAUGAUUCUAUUGCUCAAUUAUGUAAAUUAUAUAUAACAAAUGCUUCAAGACAAGAAAAAUUUGAAGCAUUUAAUGAAUGUUGUAAAAUUCAUUCAAAACAAUAUCAUGAUGCAAUGAUUGGGAAAGGAUUUGAAAGACAUUUUAUGUCAAUUGUUCAAGUUGUUAAUAGACCAGUCACAGCUAAAAGAUUAAAUGAAAUGAAUCCAGAUCUACCUCCAAUUCCAGAUUUUGGGGAGUCUCUAGAAUUGGAAAUUCCUUUGCUAUUUAAUUCUAAUGUUGAUAAUUUACUGAAUCCAGAAUUACUUAUUUCAAAUUGUGGUAAUCCAGCUCUUAGAUUAUUUGGAAUUCCACCAGCUGUUGAUCAAGGAUUUGGUAUUGGUUAUAUAAUACAUCAUGAUAAAAUCAUUAUAACAGUUUGUUCAAAACAUAGACAAACUGAUAGAUUUAUUGAUACUUUCCAUCGAAUAGCAGCAGAUUUAAAAACAAGUUUAAAAAUGAAUUCAAAUUUCUUAUUAAGUAUAAGUGAAUCAGAAUCAAGAAAAAUUGAAAUUCAAAAAUUAAGAAUUGAAAAUGAAUUAAGUAGUUUAAGUUUAGAUUCUCCAAUUUUAAAACAUCCAAUACCAUUAACAACAGAUAAAGAUGAUCCAAUAGAAACAAAUGGUUUCAAUGGUUAUCAUAAUGGACGUAAAACUUCAUCAUCAAGUGAAAAUGAUGAUGAUUCAUCGGAUUUUGAAUUAUUAGGUGGUUAUGGAUAUUUUGAUUAUGGUGAUUUAGAUACAAGAUCAGAUAAAUUAGCAAGAAAUCAUUCUAAUUUUAGUAGUCAACCUCAAUCAGCAUUAUCAAGUGCUUAUAGUUCAAGACAUCAUUCUUCAACAAAUUUAAAUAAAUUACCUCCCAUGAGUACUGCUUAUGAUUUAAAACAAAAAUUAAGUAUUUCUGAAAGUAUAAGGGAUAAAUUGUCGAAAAGUGAAGAUACAAUUUCACCAAUUGACUCAACACCGGAACCGACUGAUGAGAAGAAGACAAAUCCGAAGAAUUCAAUAGGUAAACCAUUAGAUUUAUCCCAUUAUGGAUAA